AAUCUCGUCACACUAUUACGAAUAUGCGCGAAUGUCUUUGAAAAAAUUAAUUAUUUUUUAUUUGUUUCUCAAAUUAUAAUUGAAUGCCAAGCCAAAUUAAUUAAAAUGCGUUUCCACGAUAGCAUCUACGAUCUAAAGUUCUUCAACUACACUGCUGAGCAGAUAUCGGCUGAACGCGAGCGUCUGGUGCAGAACAUGGUUGGCAAAGCUAUUGAAAAUGCCAUUCAAAAGAUAGAAACACCGGCCACCUCUAUACUGCUCGGCGCCCAAAAGGACGAAGUGGUACGCCUCGUGGAGGAGUCCGCCCUGAAGAACAUGAAAUCCCUACGGGAGCUGGACAAAAAAUACUUUCGUGUUCCGCCGCAUGUGCUGCUGGUGCCGGACUUUCACUUGGAGCAUCAAUACACUGCUCUAGAUGAGGAGAAAAAGAACGCGCAGCUGAAGCAGCUAAAGGUGCUCUUUCGCGAGAACCUAAUCACGCUGGCCAAGCUAGAGGCAGAGGCUAAACACUACGAAUCGGUGGUCAAAAUUGUGCAGCAGGAGACGAAUAUGCAAAAGAAGGUCUAUGAGGAUUGUGCCUCCAUAAAUGCCUACAAGCUGGCCAAAUUCGCCACUCGAGUGGCCACCAUUCCGAAUUGAUUCUGAAAUUUGAUAUACCAUUUUCCCUGUAAUUUCUCUUUUACAUUCACACUUGAUUGUAUGAAUUUUAAAUAACAACCAUAGGUAUAGAAAUAGAUGAAUGUUUUGCCACAGGGAGAA